ACAGGUUUCCUCAGUUCUUUCUCUUUCCCAUACCUUGUUUUGUCCCAAAAAAUAAAUAAUUGAAUAAAUAAGGGUUUCUUCUUCAGAAUAUUUUUAGGGUUUCCCUAUCUCCACCAAAUGGUCUCUUCCUAAAAGGAGUCCCUAAUUUUCUACUGCUCCAAGUACUCUCAGGCUAUGUAAAGCUCAUAAAGCAGCAAGAUGAGCAAUGAAGCUUUUGAUGGGCGGAUACUGACUGAGAAACUAUCGAAACUAAACAAUUCGCAACAAAGUAUUGAAUCGUUGUCUCGUUGGUGUAUUACUCACCGGAAGAAGGCAAAACAGAUUGUUGAAACAUGGGACAAAUUGUUUAACUCUUUCCAGAAAGAACGGCGGGUUUCUUUUCUGUAUUUAGCUAAUGACAUUUUGCAAAAUAGUAGGCGAGAGGGAAGUGAGUUUGUAAAUGAAUUCUGGAAAGUUCUUCCAGUAGCUCUCAAAUGUGUGUAUGAUGAUGGUGAUGAGUAUGGAAAGAAAGCUGUAACCCGACUGGUUGACAUAUGGGAAGAAAGAAAAGUUUUUGGUUCUCAAGGACAGAAUCUUAAAGAUGAAAUGCUCGGAAAGAAUCCUGCUCCUUCUCCUUCUCCUGCUGCUUCCGUGUACAAUGGAAAAGGCUCAAAUCCUAUCAAGAUAGUGAAGAGGGAUACACAUGCAGUAAGAAUUAAAUUGGCUGUUGGAGGCCUUCCAGAAAAGAUACUAACUGCAUACCAAUCUGUUCUUGAGGACAAUCCAAAUGAGGAUACUGUUCUAAACAAGUGUAAUGCUGCUGUACAAAAUUUGGGUAAUCUUGGGGAAAAUGUUGAAAGUAGUUUAACUCAAGGAAAUCAGAAUGGAUCUGCCUUGGUAGUUGAGCUACAGCAGCAAGAAAAUGCUCUCCAGCAAUAUGUUGAACAACUUGAAAACAUUGAAACAACCAGGGCUACUUUGAUUUAUCACCUUAAAGAAGCACUUGAGGAACAAGAAUCAAAGUUGGUGCUUAUUCGUAGUCAGCUGCAGGUUGCUCGUGGUCAGAUUGAGCAAGGAAACAAUUUAAGGAACAGGCUGAGUUUACCCACUUUGCAUGGCCAUUUAUCUAUUAUUCCUACAGUUGAGGCUGUAUCUGUAGGCGAACAGAACCUUCCUUCAGCUCCGCCAUCUGGCACUCCACCUCAGCCUCAUCUUCAGCAGCCUGUGAUUUCCUUAGCACCGUCAGAACUGACUGAAGAAGAUAACAAGAAAUCUGCAGCGGCUGCUGUUGCUGCCAAGCUCGCUGCUUCAACUUCUUCUGCUCAGAUGCUUACAUCUGUACUUUCGUCCCUUGUUGCAGAAGAAACUGCCUCUAUGAAUGGUAGCUUAAAUUCCGGUGGGUUCGCAUCGGGGUUAUCAAUGUUUCCUCUUGAAAAGCGUCCCAAACUUGAAAAACCAAUGCCUGUGUCAGAUCCAAGCAAUUCAGACAUCCCCAGAACAACUUACUUUAACCCCCUGCAGCAGCAGCCAAUUAACAACAUGCCACUUGCACCAUCGACUGGUAUGCAACCAAUGUCUCAAGGCAACCAGAUUCAAGCUUCCUUUGCCUCUGCUCCGCCUCCCUCGCUCUCUCCUGCAAAUCCUUCAGGAAGUCGAUAUAUGCAGUCAACAGGUAUGAUGAUAGGGGUAAUGCCUUACGGAUAUGGAGCAAACACACUGCCACCACCACCUCCUCUUCCCCCACAUAUAGUAUUGAAUUUAGCUAGACCUGCUUCUCAGCCACUACAGCCGCCACAGUCUCGGCCUCGGCAACAGCCACAAUCUCAGCCUCAGCAGCAGCCAACCACAAUAGGGUUUUACCGGCCACCUGGUAUUGGGUUUUAUGGGAAAAACCCUCGGUCAACACCACCUGUACCUCGACAACUGUCAUAAACUAUAUAUUUCCUUGGAAAAAUGAUGAUAAGGCUGACAGUGGUCAUGAAUAAUGUAAACUAGCAGAGAAGUUGAGGCAUCAGUUAUGUUGUCUUAGACAUAAACCAGAGAGCAUGAGCAAAGCUCCAAUCAUUUACAACCCGAACCCAUUGGCUCGACCUAGUUUGUUCAAUAUACACCCUGUUGUUUGAAAA